AUGAGCGACUCUACUUCUAGAUCUGGAUCUACGGUAUUUCGCCAGGACAGUGACUCAGGGCAGUCUGCUCCCGAUAAUGCCAGCGAUAUUUCUUGGCUUAGUUGGGAUGGAAACAACGUACAAGCGCUUGAAUCUGAAGAGUCUGCUAGUCCUAGAUCUACGACAUCUUCGUCUGACGAGCAGCAGCCGAGCACGUCUGUCGCUCGUAGAUCUAGUUCUACUCGCACGACCACAGCCACAGCUCCUCGUCCAAGUGCUAGGCCACAACCAAUCCCUGCGACAGCAAACACCUUCAACUUCGAUUUAUUCGACGCAGGGGACCGUUAUGUGAAUGACUGGCUACCAGACUUUAGCCAGCAGCCAGGACUGUUGGUGGACACUGAAAAUUUCAGGUGUGUUGAUUUUUUCAGCUUGUUCUUUUCACCAGCUGUGAUUGACCUCCUGGUCACACAGACUAACUCUUAUGCUGCCCACUGUCUUGACCCCUUGCCAGCAACCAACUAUUACAAAAAGAGGUGGUCUGACACUUACCGCGAGGAGAUGCAGGCUUUCAUCGGUUUGCAAAUCGCCAUGGGUCUCAACCCCAAGCCCAGCAUCGACGACUACUGGCGUUCGUUCUGGCUCGUCGACAUCCACUUCAAGCAAGUGAUGUCAAGGCACCGCUACAAGCUGUUGUCGGCCUUUUUUCACUUCAGUGAUGCUGCACAGCAUGUGCCACGGGGGCAAGCAGGGUACAAGCCACUGCAGAAGAUCCAGAACUUCCUUGACCUCAUCAGCCCGUCCUUUCUGACUGCCUACUAUCCUCACCAGCAGGUCAGCAUUGAUGAAAGCAUGGCUAGGUUCAAGGGAAGGUGCCACUUCAGACAGUAUAUGCCGGACAAGCCAACGAAGCGGGGGUUCAAGUGCUUCUGUAAGGACUUUUUCCCUCUCCCUGACGGCAAAGCCUUUACCAAUCACCUGGUCGAGACCCUCCUUGACGGCUACCUGGAUAAGAGCCACAUUUUGUUUUGCGACAAUUUUUACAGCUCUCCGGGACUCUUCAGGGAGUUGCAGAAUAGACAAACGGGUGCUGUUGGCACUGUGGUGGAGACACGGAAGGGCUUUCCGGAGCAGCUGAAAAAAGUGCAUCUUCCCCUUCGGAAAGGAGACGAUCCCGUCUUCGCCAAAGCUGGCGAUCUUGUCGCGACGGCCUGGCAUGACACCAAGCGUGUGUGCUUGCUGAGCACCGUUCACAGCAACGGUGUGAUGCACAAAAGAAUUCGCUGCUCCAAGACUCCCGGAGGAUUCCGCGCAGUCCAAAAGCCGAUUCUAGCGGAGUCGUACAAUAGCUACAUGGGUGGGGUGGAUCACUUUGAUCAGCUCCACAGGAAUUACCACUACCCCCACAGGAGCUACAAGUGGUAUAUGGCCUUGUACCACUACGUGAAAGACAUGUUGCCUCGUAAAUGCACACAUACUGUAUAA